AUGUUAAUGGUAGAAAAGACUCAAGUACGAAAUGAGACUGCCUUUAUGAUCAUGUAUACUCAACCUGGUCCAUUUACCGGUCAUGUCAUGCUAAUCAUGAUGGCAUUGAUGUAUACUACUGCUCAAGCUAAAAUCAAAAACCAAUGUUUUGAAGCCUUUUGGUAUACUCAUCAUCUCGCAUUCUUUUGGGCAAUUGGAUUAUAUACUCAUGCGACUGGAUGUUUUGUGCGAGGUGCCUUACCAGGUGAAAAAGUAGAAUGUUUAGGUUACAAUACGUAUAGAUUCACCUUAAUUUCAGGUAGUUUAUAUUUUGGUGAAAGAGUUUAUAGAGAAAUCAGAUCAAGAUAUCAAAACACGAAGAUCCAAUCAGUUUUAAUCCAUCCGAGUGGUACGAUUGAAUUGCGGAUGAUAAAGUCGGGUUUUAAGUAUCUACCGGGUCAAUGGGUCUUUUUACAAAUUCCUGAAUUGUCUAGGUUUCAAUGGCAUCCAUUUACGAUUUCAUCUGCACCUGAUGAUCCAUUUGUGUCAGUUCAUAUUAGACAAGUUGGUGAUUUUACUAAUGCGUUGGGUGAAAGAUUAGGUGCUACACUUGAAUUAGUUAAUCAAUUGAAUUUAGAUGUCAAGAAUGGGAUUGCUGGUCAAGAUGCUAGAUAUGAAGAUUUUAUUGAUCUUACUCAUAGUCUUCGAAGUGAGAUACCGUUGAUUAGGAUUGAUGGACCUUAUGGUGCUCCGGCUGAAGAUGUAUUCAAAUCUGAUAUGGCUGUUUUGAUUGGUACGGGGAUUGGAGUGACACCCUUUAGUAGUAUUUUGAAAAACAUUUACUUUGUGGACUCUGCGGUGGAUUCGAAUUUCAGUUAUAUGCAACAAAAAGGUAAACUUGGUGUACUUCGAAAAGUGCAUUUUAUUUGGAUCAACAAAUGUGAUCAAUCGGAAUCACGAAUGGAUUGUUAA